AUGAGUAACAACUCAACAUGUAUUCAACCAUCCAAGAUCUCUUACAUGGCUUUACCGAUCAUUUAUACCUUCCUUUGUAUCAUUGGUCUGUUUGGAAAUUCUCUCUCCCAGUGGAUAUUUUUAACAAAAAUAGCUAAGAAAACAUCAACACACAUCUACCUAGCACAUCUUGUGACUGCAAACUUACUCGUGUGCAGUGCCAUGCCUUUCAUGGGUAUCUAUUUCCUGAAAGGUUUUCAGUGGGAAUAUCAAUCUCCACAAUGCAGAGUGGUCAAUUUUUUGGGAACUCUAUCCAUGCAUGUAAGUAUGUUCGUCAGCCUCUUAAUUUUAAGCUGGAUUGCCAUAAGCCGCUAUGCUACCUUAAUGAAAAAGGAUUCCACACAAGAGACCACUUCGUGUUAUGAGAAAGUAUUUUAUGGCCACUUACUGAAAAAAUUUCGCCAGCCCAACUUUGCUAGAAAACUAUGUGUUUACAUAUGGAUAGUUGUUCUGGGCAUAAUUAUUCCAAUUAUCAUAUACUACUCAGUUGAAGAGGCCACAAAAGGGAAAGAGACGAAGUGCUAUAAUUCACAGAUGGAACUAGGAGCCGAGAUCUCUCAGACUGCAGGCCUCAUUGGAACCACAUUUAUUGGGUUUUCAUUUUUAGUUGUCCUAACAUCAUACUACUCUUUUGUCAACCAUCUGAGAAAAAUAAGGACUUGUACAUCCAUUACAGAGAAAGAUCUGACUUACAGCUCUGUGAAAAGGCACCUUUUGGUCAUUCAGAUUCUACUAAUAGUUUGCUUCCUUCCAUACAGCAUUUUUAAACCCAUUUUUUUUGUUGUACACCGAAGAGUGGAUUGUCAGCAACUGAAUCAUUUAAUUGAAAUAAAAAACAUCCUCACCUGCCUUGCAUCAGCCAGAAGUAGCACAGACCCCAUUAUAUUUCUUUUUUUAGAUAAAACAUUCAAGAAGACACUAUAUAAUCUCUUUACAAAACCUGACGCACCCCAUCUGCAACCCUCUGAUUGA